AGGUCAUAUAUAUCCAAAGCUUGUGAAACGAGAUAUCGCAUAGACGUAGCUGUCGCUCUUCAACAUUGUUAUUGACUCCCGUCACCUGCCUCGCCAUUCGUAAAUUUGAUUGGAUUCAGCACAAGAGGACAGCACCAAGCACACAAAGCACGCUGCACCACUCAAAACAUAGAUUUCUCCCUUUUUUUUAGAAACGAUGGAAACGCAAGUGAUUUCUCUGCUGAAUUGCCGUCCUCUUCUGACGACUGGCGAGGCGGCGUGCCUUCUGAACGUGUCAGAGCAGGCGGUGCAGCCCGUUUUUGCAGCAGUUGCCAACGCCAACGCAGGCGCCUACACGCUGCUCGGCGGCACCGUGGAAGAAGCUGCGCGUGGAAGCACCACAAUCACGAGAGUGACCAUGCAGGCAGUGAAGAGUACCGACAACGAGACGUACGUGUACGCGUUGAUGUCGCUGACCUACCCGGCACAUGUUGCGGCUUCAGCUGUUCCGAUCGCGCUGCGGCCCAGCGCCAUCGACACCCUUCGCACCUACCCGGUGGUGUCGCGGGCCGUAAUGGAAACUCGUCCAUCCGGCGCCCCGUGUGCGGCAGCCCCCAUCGCGCCAGCACCACCGGCGGUAAAAGCUGUCACCGCUGUUGAGCCAACCGCCGUGAAGCGGGAGGCUGUGAACUCCUCCGCUGGUUCUCUUUCUGCCGCAACCACCGUGUCCACGCCGUCGUUGCCCAUCCCUGCGGCGGAGGCCUCGCCAGCUCCACCUGUCUUGAGGGCCAUAGAGGUGCUGGCACCAACACCGGUGUCUGCACCGGAGACACCACUGAAGCAGGAACCGCCCCAAGAAGCGGCGGCUGUUGUGAUGGAGGCACCUGUAGCCUCUGCACAGCGGAAGCCGACUAUCUUUGACAAAAUGAAGGAAGCCGCUGCCACAAAGCGGCCUCGUGAGGGCGACGAUGCACCGGCCAAGGCGAAGAAAGCCGCGACGUCGAAGCCGAAAAAGACGGCGAAAACGGAGAACACAACGAGUCUGGCAAAGCUGGCGAGGGCAUCGAAGAAGAAAGCGGGCGCGGCGGCCCCUCCGUCUGCUCCGCCCAACUUGAGCUUCUUAGAUGAGGACGACGGAGAUGCCACGCACGGCACCCACAACAGCGAGGAAAGCAGUCGGCACGAUGCUCCGUUCGCGGUCUUUGAAGAGGCGCCCGUGCUGGACGUGGUGGAAGUGUCGGCGUCGAAUGAUGAGGUGAUUCUGUGCGACGACGCGCCGCCGCUCGCCUUCCGUCCCGCAGAGCCCCUCGUCCCUCUCUCGCCCACACCGGGUAGGAAGGAUGCAGCGGCGAAGAAGGCCUCCGCUGCGGUGGGGGAGGCCGGGGCUGCGCAGUGCACCCUCGGCUUCUUCUUCAACCCCGCCGUGGUAGAGUUUCAGAAGUCGUACGUGCGCGAGGUGCAGACGGAGACGAAGGUGGAGAAGGGCGAGUACAUCUGCAUCGAUGUCCCUUGUUACAAGCACACGACCACGGGCGAGGUGAUCAGUGAGGAGGAGUACCACAGACGGACGGCGCAGCUGGUUCGCGGGCGUGACGCACCAGCGGAGACGUCACCACGCACCUCGGCCGGUGCGGUGUCCGACGCCCCACCCAGUCCCGCAGCGAAGUCGGCGGCACGGAGUCCGAGCGACAAGGAAUCGAAGGCCAAGUCGUCUUCCGCCCCUGCGAAGACAUUGAUGUCGUUCUUCAAGCCUGCCGCGUAA